CCCUUCACAUUGUGUCCUCUAGCUGUUUUGCGUGGUGUUGUGAAAGCCGAGUUUUAACAAGCAAGAUGGAAACCAAGGUGACAUCUGAGCCCAGAUCCAAUGGUGUGACAAAUGGUGGUGCAAGAAUUGUUGUGGAAGACGAUGAGGAAGUGCUCAGCCCCACCGACCUGUCUGAGAUGUUAGCCGAGGGGACCAAGGAGUCCCACGACAGAGCUGAGAACUGCCAGUUUGUUAAAGAUUUCCUCCGUGGCCGCAUCAAGCGGGAGCUGUUUAAGAGAGGUACAGCAGCUCUAUACUUUGUCUACUCAGCCAUGGAGGAGGAGAUCGAAAAGAACAAAGACCAUCCUGACAUCGCCCCAGUCUAUUUCCCCGCAGAGCUGCACCGGCGUGAGGCCUUGGCACGGGACCUUGAGUACUUCUAUGGAGAGGAAUGGGAGAGCCAGAUCAGCCUCUCUGCAGGCGCUAAGCCUUACGUGGACCGCAUCCACGAGGUGGGACAGAAGGACCCGGUGCUGCUGGUGGCCCACUCCUACACCCGCUACAUGGGUGACCUCUCAGGCGGACAGAUCCUCAAGAAAGUGGCCCAGAGGGCUCUGAAGCUCCCCUCGACAGGCGAGGGUCUCAACUUCUACCAGUUUGAGAGCAUCCACAGUCACAAGGGCUUCAAGCAGCUUUACCGAAGCAGGAUGAAUGAGCUGGAACUGGACGCUGAGACCAAAGAGAAGAUUGUAGAUGAGUCCAACCGGGCCUUUGGCUUUAACAUGAUGGUAUUUACAGAGCUCGAAGAGAUUGGGAAGACCAUCAAAGAAGAAUUCCAAGAUGCAGGACUUGGACACAGUCAUGCAGAGACCAUGGAAGGAGGUGAUAUCAACAAGUGCCCCUACUAUGCAGCAAAAAUGGCUGCCAGUGGAAAUCCCAUCUACGCCUGCCAGUUAGCCAUGACACUUCUCAGACAUCCACCCUGUCAGGUGGCUUUGGCCGCCUGGGUGGCCAUCCUUGCUGGUUUCACAGCCUGGUACCUUCUGUGAGCUCUGACAUCCCCCUCACUUUUAAUCAUGUGCAAUCUGACAGUAGCAAACAAUAUAGCAGGAAGUGAACAUUUGAAAUAAUGUUACAGCUCAGGUACAGUAUUUAUUUUAUGUUUCCUAAUUUAUUACACUCUGUGGAACAUACGACUGUAUGCCUCUGACAGUGCGUUGAUGCAAUUCUAGAGCAACAAUGAAGAGUCAACAGAAACUUCAAGAUGCAUUUGCUUGGUAUGCUUUUUUAGAGGUAAUAUGUGUACAGGGUUUAUGUCAUCACAUAGAAACAUUAAAUGCACACUCCCCAAAUGGUUUUAAAGUGCGGGUAAGGCAAAAAAUAAAUAACAAGUUUUAAGUUUGUCACAACACAGAAAAAUGUGCUCACUACCCAGCCAAAUCUGAAUGAUUAAAAAAAUCACCAAGUAUAUAAAAUUAGGUUGCAAAGUUGUGAAAAAAUAUGCAGUUUACUCUGCUCUGACACUCUGGGGCAUGUCAGCUGAAGGACCUGAAAUGACGAACCAGCCGCUGUGCAUGGAGCAGAUUGUUGUUAGCAGCUAACCCAGUAGUACUGUCCUGUACAACUCUCUGCCAAAGAACGAGCAACCACGCAGUGACAGCCUUUUAUGUACGGGCUGGAUAGCUGAUACAGUCUGAAAGAAGAGGGGUACACGAUAGUGAUGUUUUUUUGCUAGUGUUUAUGUGAUUGUGGCAUUUAACAGAGUUGUUUAUUUAUGUAUUAAUAAGAUUGAACAUGCUAAGCUGGUAAUUUUUAUUUAGUGGGUAGGGGUUUAUGUUAAGGAUGGCUGCUGUGCAUCAUUGAGCCAUGAUUUCAGUCCCACCUGAAAAAUCCUGAACACAAAAUUGGUGAAAAACAGUCUAACUCCACAAUAUGGUACUUCAUGGUUCCCAGUCUUUUCACACAUUUUCAACGAAUAUCUUCUUACAUGUAUAAUGUGUUUAGAAAGAAACCUUCCGGACCUGAAUGUAUUAAAUAAUGAAAGUGGGUCACAUGUCAUGUUGAAUAUUUAUUGUUUUUAAAGAUACACUGAUGUACAAAUGUUGUCUACAUUCUGCCAUGCUUGUAAUCAUGGUGGUUCAGGUGUUUCUGAUUCGGAAUAAAAAUACGGCCAGUAAAUAAUUAUAAA